AUGGAGGAAGCCAAGGGUUGGGCUGAAUCCUUCCUCACCAAACGUGGACACGAUGCCUGGCAUCCCCGCCGAGAGUGGUCUGUGGUCCCCUCCGGCGAUCACUACAGUGUCUCUGAGAUAUCACUGUCCCCAUUUCCCAGAUGGGAAAACCGAGGCUCCAAAUGGCUAAGAAACGUGCCCAAGUGUCUGAACCUGCAGGCAGCGGACUGGGGCUCAGGCCUGGGUCUGUGUGGCCUCCUUAGUCAGUGGGGAGUGGGUGUGAGGGAAGCCCAGGUGACACUGGCCCAGCAGGACACACAGGACAGCAGGUGCAGAGGAACCCGCACCAAGGGACCCCACCCACAGGCAGCAGCGGCAUCUGUGGCAGGGAGAUUUGCCUCUGGGCUCCUUGCACUGUCCCAUGAGUUGUCCAAGGACUGGGACCUGGGGUUGGGAGGGACACACAGCAGCCGUUGGCUGUGUUGCCAUGACACGACAGAGGUUCCAGCCACCAGCACAGGCCGCCUGUCCUGGGGAGACAGUCCUAUUUGUAACGUCUAUCUCAGCGUGAAUCGGGAAGACAGUCCUGUUUGUGACAUCUAUCUCAGCCUGAAUCAGGGAGACAGUCCUGGCCCGUGCAGGUUCCCGGACCUCCAGCUGCACCCUGGAGGGGGUGAGGGGGGCUCACUGUAUGGCAUGUGCCAGGUGGAGGGGCUGGCGUGGGACAGGGGGAUGGAGCUGGGGGGAAGAUCAGCAGAUCCCUGGACACAUGGGCCGAGUCCCUGGGUUUGUGAGACUUCACUCCACCUCACAGGGGUCGUCUGGGUUUAUGGUCUCUGGCCAGGCGGGUGUAGGAGCCUCUCUCCUUCAGCUCAGGCUCGCGCUACGCCAGAAAGGGAAGGGCAAGAGCACCCCCUCAACCCAGAGGACCCCCAGAUCAACAGACCACCCAGGCUACAAUCAACUCCGGUGGCGCUUUUAAUCACCCCAGCAGGAAUGGUGACUGUACACAGACAUUCAAUUCCCAGUGACACACAUACCUCCCGGGCAAAACUGUGUUUCCAUAAACCUUGCAGAAAUGAUUCAGAGAGCUGGCUGAUCGACAGCCUCCUGGACACCAGUGUGCAGACGCCGUGUCCUCAGCACCCCCACACUCAGCCACCCUGCGAGCCCCAGCCCCUGGAACACUCCAGCUGCCUCUCCACUUGUCUGGCGGGAUGUUUCCUCCCGGUGCCCUCAUCACCUCACACCCACCCUCUUUUCCCAGGCUCCCGGUUCCCCCCACCACUUGCUCUGCUGAUGGGUACAUUCUCCCCAGGUCUGGCCAUGAAGCCAUCCUGGGUGCCUCAGUUUCUCUUGCUGGCCAGGCAGUCACGCACCUCAGUGAGAAUGCCACUCUCUGCCACCACCCAGCCUGGCUCAGUGGGAUGCCUGCACUUUCCCAAGUUGCGUUCCUCCAGCCCAUUCUCUGGACACUCAGAUGAGAACAAGGCUACUGGCCAAGGGUGUGAGAGCAGGGAUCAGCCUCAGAGACCAUCCCAUCUCUGUGAGUGUUCUGAAGCUGCCAAGCACAGUGCCACCAACGGGGUGGCUGAGACCAACAGAAAUGUAUUCCCUCUUGGUUCUGAGGCCAGAAGCCUGAGCUCAAGGCAUCAGGAGAGCCAGCCCCGCUCUGGCAGCUCUAGAAGAGAAUCUGUUUCUCACUCUCCCAGCUUCUGGUGUUGCUGGCAACCAUUAGCAUUCUUGACUUGUGGCUGGGCUGCUCCCAUCUCUGCCCCUGGGGUCAUGUGGCCUUCUGCCCGGCCUUGCUGUGUGUCCCCUCCUCUUGUAAGACUCCAGUCACUGGGUUUAGGGCCCACACAAAUCUAG